UUCGUCCACUCUUCGCAACGCAAGGCUGCACCCAUUUCCACUCGCUCUCUUCUUCCUCUUCCUCCUCCUGCACCUUAAACCUUAAGAAUGAGGGUGGAGGCGGAGAUGGAGACGCCUCCGGCGGGGCUGGAUCGCAUGGACACCGGCUCUUCCUGGGGUGGGAUGAAUCCUCUGGAGGCCGUUUCCUCUCCGGUGGCUGGCGGCGGCGAGGAUGGGGCGGCGACCAAGCUGCAGAAGGUGUACCGGAGCUACCGGACCAGGCGCAAGCUCGCCGACUCGGCCGUCGUCGUCGAGGAGCUCUGGUGGCAAGCGCUGGACUUCGCGCGGCUCAGCCACAGCACCGUCUCCUUCUUCGACGACCCAAAGCCGGAGACGGCCGCGUCGCGCUGGAACCGCGUCAGCAUCAAUGCUUCCAAGGUGGGUCAGGGUUUAUCCAGAGACGGCAAGGCUCUGAAGCUGGCAUUCCAGCACUGGAUCGAGGCUAUUGACCCGCGGCACAGAUAUGGUCACAAUCUGCAUUUCUACUAUGAUGUCUGGUGCCAAAGCCAGGCCGGCGAGCCCUUCUUCUACUGGCUUGAUAUUGGGGAGGGAAAAGAUGUUGACCUUCCUGAGUGUCCCAGAGCUCGGUUGAAGAAGCAAUGCAUAAAAUAUCUUGGUCCGCAAGAGCGUGAGCUCUAUGAAUACGUUGUUACAAAGGGGAAGAUUAUCCAUAAGCACUCCAAAGAACCACUUGAUACAAGCCAAGGUCCUAAAGGGACCAAAUGGAUUUUUGUUAUGAGCACAACAAAGAAACUUUAUGCUGGCAAGAAAGAGAGAGGUGUAUUCCAGCACUCAAGCUUUUUAGCAGGAGGUGCUACCAUAGCUGCUGGAAGGUUUACAGCAGAAAAUGGAGUUAUCAAGUCCAUCUGGGCCUAUAGUGGUCAUUACAAACCAAGUGCAGAGAAUCUUGCCAACUUCAUGAACUUCCUAGAAGAGAAUGGAGUUGAUCUGAAAGAAGUUGAGGUACGCGCAUCCACAACCGAAGACUACUACGAAGAUCCAGUGCCUAAUAAACAGAACCCACUUGCUACUGUCAUGGAAUCCAAGCCUCCACAAUUGAUUCUCCCUCCAAACAUGAUAGAAGAUAGGGCAAACGGACCAUCUUCACAAACUGAAGGCGCUGAAAGCGACAAUAUUCCCAUAGAGAAAGCAAAGCCAACCUACCAAAGAACCUUGUCAGGUGGUCUGAAGAGCCCUAGGGCUGCCGAAGUCCCGCGGGAAGCAAUUCUUGAGAGGGUGAAAUCCAAGGGGGAGUCGAAAUCCUAUCAGCUUGGGCACAAGCUGUCCCUGAAAUGGAGUACUGGGGUUGGUCCAAGGAUUGGAUGUGUGAAGGACUAUCCAAUGGAGCUCAGAAUGCAAGCACUGGAGAUGGUAAACCUGUCGCCGAGGGCGUCGACUCCAUCGCCCUCCUGGAGGCUACCGGCAGGUCUCUCACCCACACCCAACUUACCAACAUCUCCUCUUGGGCCAAUCCAGACAUCACUGCCCCAGCCAAGUUAGAAUAGCUGAUGAGUGUGUAACUAGCAUGCUCAGCAGAGACACCUUUGCAGCAUUGCAGUUAUAAGCUCUUGGUUUAGUACCCAUUGUCAUUGUAGUUCUGCACCUUUAUGCUUGGUGUAGAAUGCAUUGACCAGGGAGUGUCAGGUGCUAGGCUCAUGCCUGGUGCUUUUCAAAUGUUGUGUGGAUCUAUUUAUGCUCGAAUUAAUCAAUAAGAUAGUAAAAUAAAUUCACCAA